UCUAACUCAAUGCCAGUCGGUAUGCGUUGUGUUGCGCGCGCGCUUGUGUGGUGCAGCAUUUUGUGAGUGACUUAUGUGGUAGAGACCUGCGAUGGCAGUCUUCGAUAAGUGGGUCGCGCUCAAGAUUAUCGAGUUUUUAUUCUGCGUUGCAUGCUUGGUUGCAAAGCGCGUAUCGACUGACGACGAAGCACGACUGGCCUUAUUAUUACAAAAGCUAUCUCGCGAAUGGUCUUUGCUAAAUUCUAUCACUUGGGACUCUUCAGGGAGUGCAUUUGCUGACGCUAUAUAUGGAGGUUACGUGAUUAUCACAUUUGGACUCAUCUUCGCUCGAGCCUUUCAAGAGAUACCUAGAGGACGCCGUAUAUUGGAGGGAAUUCUCCUUGGUUUUGGGCUGCUGUUUUUCUUAGUUUUGGGUGGUCUAGAGCUGGCUUCCCUAGACGCAAUCCCAGACACUCUAACCGUAAAUGCAGCAGUUCUUGGAGCUCUGUCACUGGCGGUAGCAGCCCUUUUCCUCCUCGAUUUGAUGGGCCCAAGGGUCUACACCGCCACAAGGCCCUCGCAGACAGAUAAAACAGAACCUGUGAAGUCACCAAAAAGCGAGAAGAAAGUCUCAAUUCUGUCACAGCCAUCGACAAAUGGUCAUCUACCAAACGACAAACAGAAUGGUAAACUUCCAGAAAGACCAAAAGACCUAGAUUUAGGUAAAGAAACUAAAAAGGCAGAUACUCCUGUAUUUGAAUCUCCCAAAAGUGCUUUAUCACAACUUGAUGAUUUAGAUAUUGAUAAUUUGGAAAAAUCUAAAUUCGGGUCGUUAAGAAAUAUUGAAGGUGGAAACUAUGUUCGAUUAUCUGACCCCUUAGUUAUUCCAGACCGGUUACAUUACGAGCAGGAGUUAGCAAAAUUUAAUGAGAAGUACUUCAGAGAUUAUUUAGAAUACGCAGAGAGCUUAGAAGGAAAAGGAAAAGUGGUUAAAGAGCAGUACUUACCUGAGCUGCAGACACCUGUUCUUGCGAAGGUAAAGACAGGGCGAUUAAAGGAUUUGUACGAUGAAAUGUCACCGGUAUAUGAGAAGAAGAGACAGUCAAAAUCACCUACUAGAGCCAAAACAGUUGCAACUCCCACUUUGCAACAGCUUGAAGACUACUUGAAAGGUUCUGGGAGGUCACGACGUGCAGAUACGCCAGCCAUCUAUCCCCUAGAGCGAAUAGAGGAAAAAGAAGUGAACGACGAGGGAAGAGCUUCCGGAACACCCACAGACCCAGGGUAUGUCCAGUACACGGCAAAUAGAUGGCCAGAAAAGAGGGAGCUAAGAACACCAAGACAUAGUCCAACGCAAUGAACAAGAUCAAUUAGGAAGGACUUAAAAAAGUUUGGAGACUUCUUAUUAAUAAAAACAUUCUAAUUGUGCUCUUUUAACAAUUCAUUUGUCCCUUUUCAUCACAGUGUAAAUGAAAUUUGACGGAAGGAGAUAACACUUACGUUUUUAUUAAUAGGGUAGCUCAAUGAUGCAUGUUAAUUUUUAUAUCUAAAGAGUGUGAGAAAUGUUAGCGCAUUGUAUAGUUUAAAGAUAUUUCAUUGACAUUUGAACUAUGUUCAAAGCCUUAGGGUCUGCUUCACAAUGUACGGAUAAGUUCUAAAUUAGCUAUGUAAUUAC